UUACGGUUUACAUCCGGUUAUACAUCUGUAAUGUUUUUACUAAAGUAGUAGUUAAACCGGUUAAAAGUAUUUAGAGAUGACAGAGAGGAAAAGAGUCCAAUUAUGGGAUCCACAUAAAUUGUAUGAUUUAAGUCAUGCUGAAAUGGAUGCAAUACGGCGACGGGCAGAGCAAAGAGUUGCACUAAAAGCUGAAUGGCAAAGGAAGGUCACUGAUCCGUUCAAAGCAGAAUUCCCAUUUGAUCCAGCAAUACAGAGGUUUAAAGCUUUGAAAGCAACACAGUAUGAUCAUUUUCGUCCAACCAAGAAAACUGGAAUCAUUGGUGGUAUAUUUCUAGGAGUUAUUCCUGCAGUGUUAUUUAGUUAUGUUUAUUACACAAGGCAAGAAUUUGAAAGAAAAUGCAGGGCUGGAGAAAUAUCAGCGAAGGACAGAACUUGGAAAUAUGUUUAUUAAUUUUUGUAAAUUUGACAGUAAAUAUUCUACAUUAGAUUUUGUGUAUGACACUA